AAUAUUAUUAACAAUAUUCAUCGAAUAUUUUUACAUAUUUUGUGGGCAAACCUUUUCUACUUCCUUGAGGUUACUGUAUUUUCAUAUCAUCUCGCUGUUCUUUUGGAAGAGAUGGACAAACUCUCUGGGAACAAUUUAACGGUGGUAAACGGCUCCUUAAACCAGUGGUCCUCCAGUGACGGGGGCUCCUUCCAACAUUUGGACCCCGGGGAGCUGAGGGUGCUGAUGCCGUCCAUCCUUGGUGUCAUUUGUGUGCUGGGUGUCAUUUGCAACCUCACAGCCGUGGCCAUCUUGUUCUCCAACGCUCACAAGGGCAAACUGUCUCUUAUCAACUCGCUCAUCUUCAACCUGAUGUUCGCAGACAGCCUGGUGCUGCUUUUCACUGUUCCCUUCCGGGCCGCCGCCUUCUCAAAGACCGGCUGGACUCUGGGCUGGGUGGUGUGCAAGACGUCUGACUGGUUGCUUCACUCUUGCAUGGCGGGGAAGAGUUUCACCGUGGCCGUCAUGGCCAAAGCCUGCUACCGUUACGUGUCCAACCCCACCAAGCAGGUGAGCAUCCACCUGGGCUCCAUCCUCGUGGUGCUCUUCUUCAUCUGGCUGUCAGCGUGCACUGUCACCAUCCCUCACUGGCUCUUCUCGACCUUUGAGCGAGGGCUUCACGGGCUCAUGUGUGUGCUCCUCGUUCCGCCUGAGGCGUGGAAGUUCAUGUCUGUGUACACAAAGGCAUAUCCACUGGGAGUCUACUGCACCCCCCUCAGCUUUGCCCUCAUAUACUUCUGGAAGGCGUAUGGCCAGUGCCAGCGCCGCUCUAGUAAAACUCAGAAUCUACGCACACAGAUCAGGUCCAGGAAGCUCACCUUGAUGCUCUUCAAUCUCACAGUUGCCACAGCUAUCCUCUGGCUUCCACAGUGGGUGGUGUGGCUUUGGGAGCGCCACUCUGCAGCAUCAGGAGGAUCUCACACCUUCAUCUCAUCUCCUCCUCUUCUCAUCACCCUCUGCGCUCAGCUGCUCACCUUCUCCCUGUCGCUCAUCAACCCUCUCAUUGUGCUCUCACUCUCCGAAGAGUUCAGAGAGGGCUACCGCGGGUUGUGGCGGCGCCUUACCCUGCGCAAACAACCUCCCGUAAAGCCAAAACCUGGACCUCACAAACCCACAUCCCUCCAGUCGCCAUGCCCCAGACCUGAGACCUUGGGCCAGCUGAGGGUGGAGAGGAGCCCAAGCACCAAGCCAGGAACCAGCAGAGAUACCCAGCUGGAGCAAAGUGUCGACAAGGAUGGGAUGAUCUUGCCUGAUGUGGAGCAGUUCUGGAACGAGAGGGAGACGGGUUCACAUUUGGAGGAAAAUGACCCGGUGCCGUGGGAGCACCAGGACCACCGAGAGAAAUUAACAACAUCAUCCUCAGCAUCAUCACCAUGGCAACAGCAGCUCUGAUGAAUAGAUUGCAGUAUAGAACCAUUGGUGUUGUGUGUACUUGUCUUGUCAUGUUUGUGGGGUAUCGAGUACAAUUAGUGAGGAAUACUGCUAAACCAGCACCGACUUGAACAUUGAUGAUCAUUUCUCCGAACCAGCAGAGAUCUUUACAGGGUUCUUUCAUUCCAUGUAUAUUUUGAAAUUGUUAGUCGUCGGUGAAAUGGAAAUUCCAUGUUUGUAAUUUUGACAUUAUUGAGAUAUAGUGAAUCUUGGGUAAUGUUUGGUCUUUUGGUCUAAUCCUGGAUAUUGGGGGGGGAAAAGAACACAAAAACCUGACAGGAAUCUCAUGGUGUUGUUGAGUGGUCACUGAUGUACUGUAUCUCUAAUUGCAUCCUGUAAAAUGAUCUGCAGUGGAAGUAAUUAGUGAUGUGCUUUUUGCAAAAUAUGCACACAAAAGUUAUUAAGUUAAUUAUGUACUGAUAUCUAAUUAGAUUGAAAAGCAAUGUUGUGUCCAAAUCAUCACAAUUGUCAUCACUGAUAUAUUUUGGUAAUUGCAAAGUUUUAUUUGCCACUAUUUUUCAUGAAUUUAACAUCUGCUAUUCUUCUUACAUGUUAUUUUUAUGAUGUUGCAACAAUUAAGCAAGUUCUGAGCGCACCUCAGCAUUACCACCAUUACCAAGUAAGUGGAAGUAGUUUCUGUGAGGCUUAUUGUGCAUUUGUGUAUGUGCUACCAGUGU